GGCUGCAACACUGCCCGUGGGGAAUGCUCCACUGUCAGCUGUCUGCUCCGCUGUUUUAUUCCAGUCAAUAAACUUGGAUACGCCGGUGAAACUUUCGCAAUACUUCUGUUCAGCAAAAUACAUUUCUUUUAUUCUCAUAAGUUUCAAUAGAGUGGAAAAACAAUAAAAGCAUUUUUAAAAUCAAUACAAUGUCGUUCCUCGCAAGGGCACUCUUCAGAAAUGUGCCGACUUUGUGCAAACGUGCCAUCCGACAAGAAUUAGCCGCUGGCCGGUUUUUGCACCAAUCUGCUCCGCUAUUGGCCGUAAAAGUUCAACGACCUGCACCGGACUUCAAAGGGCUGGCUGUUGUGGGCAAUGACUUUCAAGAGAUACAGCUCGCAGACUUUAGAGGAAAAUACCUUGUGUUAUUUUUCUACCCAUUAGAUUUUACCUUUGUCUGCCCUACUGAAAUCAUUGCAUUUAGCGAACGCAUUGAAGAAUUCAAAAAACUGAAUGCUGAAGUUGUUGGCGUAUCUGUAGACUCGCAUUUCAGUCACUUGGUUUGGUGCAACUCCGAACGCAAAGAUGGUGGUCUUGGCGGCCUUAAUUACCCAUUACUUUCUGAUUUAACUAAAAAAAUUUCCAGCGAUUACGAUGUGCUGCUUGAUAAUGAGGGAAUUUCUUUGCGCGGCACCUUUAUCAUCGAUCCUAAUGGCAUUGUUCGACAAUAUUCAAUAAACGAUUUGCCGGUCGGCCGAUCAGUGGACGAAGUAUUGCGCCUUAUUAAGGCAUUCCAAUUUGUCGAUGAGCAUGGCGAAGUGUGCCCAGCCAACUGGCAUCCAGAGAAGAAUCCCGACACAAUCAAGCCAGACGUUGCAGAAUCAAAGGAUUAUUUCAAAAAACACGGAUAAAUGGGGAGUUUAUACCGUCUUUAAUUGUUUACCAUUUUUCAUAUUAAAUUCUGCAUUUUACAAAUAGAAUUUUGUUCGGUGCAUAAAUUGGCAAGAAGUAAAGAAAAAUCAAAGAAUAUUCUCAAGUACUAAGUUGCGUA